AUGGGUUCAACUAGCUUCACAAAUCCUUACGCUAUUGAAGUGAUUCGAACUAAGAAGAAGGAGCUAGUUGGCAGCAUUUCCAACACUGAAGACUUAUUGGACCUUCUUAUUGCUAACAGAGUUCUUCUGCCAGAGAGCCGAGUUCUCGUGUCUGAUAUCACAGGGCGAGAGGAGAAGAAUUCCAGAAUGCUCAACAUCCUGGUCUCACGGGGGGAACGGGCGUGCAGAAUCUUUUUUUACCCCUGCUUGAAGAGUGCUGAACCUGAUUUGUACCAGAGCAUGAAGACCUAUGUCAGCCAGCUAAAUGAAAACAUUAGGGACACAAGAAGACAACUGAUUGGUUAUCUGCUAGAGAAAGACGUACAAGAGCCAAUUAAGAACAUAAAGCACAAAGACAGGGACCAUCGCAGUGGGAGAGCAAAGCAUAAAUCAGAAACGGCUAUCGUGGCUACAUCCUUAAAGGGAUCAAGGAACACCUCCGUAAAACCAGAGGACACAUCAAAUGCAGUUUUCAAAGCAGUGUCCACAGGUGACUUAUCUCUGUUACCGAAGCUCAUAAAAGGUACAAAUGUUAAUGACAAAAAUGUGUCCUCUGACACACUCCUACACCUUGCUGCAGAGCAUGAUCAGGUGGCUGUGGUAAACUUUCUCCUCUGUCAAGGAGCCAAGCUGGACCUGAGGGAUCGCCAUGGCCGCACUGCCUUACACAGGGCUGCACAGUCUGGCCACAGCACUGCUGCAGUGGCCCUGGUUAGGUCUGGAGCUGACAUCCAUGCCAUGGACCAGGACUCCAAAACUGCCCUGCAUUUAGCAGCACAAAGUAGGCAUGAUGCCACCGUCAGAGCCCUGGUGCUGGAAGAAGCCAGAAGCUUCAAGGGCCAGACUACGUUCCUGCACUUGGCUGCUAUGGAAGAUGACCCGUCAGUGGCAGAUAUUUUGCUGCAGAAUGGUGCUUCGGUGGAUGUCCGUGAUGCACAGAAGAAAACAGCACUGUUUCAUGCAGUUAGCCGUGGAAGUGAGAAUGCAGCUGCCGUACUUCUGCAGGCAGGCGCCCAAGUGGAUUCUGGGAUCAUCGAGGCAGCAUUUGAGCUAAACAGAAGGUCACUGAUGUCCCUGCUUCUCAGGAACAUCAAGACCAAAGUGUCUCAGAAUGAGGUCAAAUCUGCUCUGUUCAAAGCAGUGAGGAAGAAUCUGGAUGGGAUCGUGGCUGCUCUCGUUGACAGUGGAGCAGACGUAAAUAUGCAUAAUGACCUUGGGUACACGCCCGUGCUUCUAGCCACAGAGCUGAGCAAUGUUGAGGUGUUUAAAGUGCUGGUCUCUAAAAAUGCUGAUCUACAUGAGAAGCUUCCUAACCAGAUCUCUGCUCUUCACCUGGCCAUCCAGAGUGGCAAUACACCAAUAACACAGAUAUUACUGAAUAAGGGUGUGGACCCUAACAACAAUGGCCCCAAAGACCAAACCCCUCUGCAUCUCAGUGCUUUGUACAACCACCCGGCUCUGAUGCCUCUGUUGCUCCACAAGGGGGCUCAGAUCGAUGCUGUCACCCAAGAAGGCCUCACUGCCCUGCAUCUUGCCAGCCAAAAUGGGCACGCGGAGUCAGUGGCCCAGCUGCUGGAGAGUAAGGCAGACCUCCAUGCCCGCGACCUCCAGGCCAGGACGGCCCUGCACUGGGCAGCUGCACAUGGGGAGGCAGCUGUCGUAAAGCUCCUCCUCUCUGCUGGGGCCCAUGCCAAUGCCACCGAGAAAGACAGGAAGACGCCGCUGCACCUGGCUGCCAUGGCGGGCCACGCCGAGGCCGUGUCAAGCCUGCUAGCGAGGAAAGCGAAGGCAGGGGCUAAAGACAUGGACGGCUGCUCCGCUCUGCACUAUGCAGCCGGGAACGGGCACGCGGACGUGGCCGCUGCUCUCCUCGCCGCUGGAAGGAACAAGAACGUCGACGAGAGGAACGCAUGGAGGAGGACACCCCUGCAUUUGGCGGCUGAGCGCGGGCAGGGCCGGCUGGUGGACCUGCUGCUGGAGAGACGAGCCAGGAUCAACGCCACGGACAACAACAAGGACACGCCGCUACACUGGGCCUGUCGUGCAGGGCAUCUGGGCACAGUGCAGAGUCUGGUGAACUGGACCCGUGGGGAGAGGGCAAGCCUGCAGGCCACUAACAGCGUGAAGAAAACAGCCCUGCAGGUGGCGGAGGCCGAGGGCACAGCAAGCCACCAGCGCAUCGCCACGCUGCUAAAGAGAAGGAUGUUCAUCAUCAAAUAA